GCGAUGUUUUGUUGUUUGCCUUGAAUCGGUCCGAAGUUGCAAUGCAGUAAACACCUAUGAACAAAAAUGAAAGCGAUAAGAAAAACGUUUUAAAUUUAAAUAGUCAGUUAAAUUUAAAUAGUCAGUUAGCUAUAACAUUCGCCUGUCUGUCUGAAGUUCUGUUAAAAAUGCUGUCAAAUCUGUGACGUAUGGAAAUCUGCGGAACACCACAAGAUAAACAUUGAGGAAGUAGCUAGCUACCUAGAUUGCUAGCUAAUUUGACAGCUGGGUAAGAGCUGUUAGCUGGUUAUGUAGCUGCUGUUUAAUAUAAUAUUUAAUUCGUUUUAAUUCGCAUUUAAUAAUGGACCAAGCAGUCAGCGUCAAUGCAGACCCAGAUAUGCCAUCUGACAGUGAGGGUAAGUCGUGUGUCACAGUGUUAUGAUUUGUUACACCGACCAGACAGAUCACACUGCUGUGUGGCUGGCUAGCUAGCAGGCUAUUUAGGUAUUUAUAUUUAAUUUGGUUAUUUUUAUUAACACCAUUGCCAUGUCUCUGUACUGUCUGUAUGUAGGCCAUGGCUCGCGCUGGAGAAAUUGGAGUGGUUUUUGGUGAGUUUAGUUUUGAGAUUAUGUUCUAUGGUGAAUGUGAUGUGAAAUCAGAAAUAAGCCUAGCUACCAGUAUUUGAUUUAUUUAAAUGUAUUUGAAUCAAACCUCAUGGUGGGGACUCAGUCAAGCUAGUCGUCUUGACUUCUUUCUUAUGUCAUUCUCAUUGGCACCAAAAGUUUAAAAAGUGUUGAUAGGGGACAGAAUGCGGUUGGACCAUCAUACAGUGGGGAGAACAAGUAUUUGAUACACUGCCGAUUUUGCAGGUUUUCCUACUUACAAAGCAUGUAGAGGUCUGUAAUUUUUAUCAUAGGUACACUUCAACUGUGAGAGACGGAAUCUAAAACAAAAAUCCAGAAAAUCAAAUUGUAUGAUUUUUAAGUAAUUAAUUUGCAUUUUAUUGCAUGACAUAAGUAUUUGAUACAUCAGAAAAGCAGAACUUAAUAUUUGGUACAGAAACCUUUGUUUGCAAUUACAGAGAUCAUACGUUUCCUGUAGGUCUUGACCAGGUUUGCACACACUGCAGCAGGGAUUUUGGCCCACUCCUCCAUACAGACCUUCUCCAGAUCCUCCAGGUUUCGGGGCUGUCGCUAGGCAAUACAGACUUUCAGCUCCCUCCAAAGAUUUUCUAUUGGGUUCGUUGUCAUGCUGGAAGACCCAGCCACGACCCAUCUUCAAUGCUCUUACUGAGGGAAGGAGGUUGUUGGCCAAGAUCUCGCGAUACAUGGCCCCAUCCAUCCUCCCCUCAAUACGGUGCAGUCGUCCUGUCCCCUUUGCAGAAAAGCAUCCCCAAAGAAUGAUCUUUCCACAUCCAUGCUUCACGGUUGGGAUGGUGUUCUUGGGGUUGUACUCAUCCUUCUUCUUCCUCCAAACACGGCGAGUGGAGUUUAGACCAAAAAGCUAUAUUUUUGUCUCAUCAGACAACAUUACCUUCUCACAUUCCUCCUCUGGAUCAUCCAGAUGGUCAUUGGCAAACUUCAGACAGGCCUGGACAUGCGCUGGCUUGAGCAGGGGGACCUUGCGUGUGCUGCAGGAUUUUAAUCCAUGACGGCGUAGUGUGUUAGUAAUGGUUUUCUGUGGACUGUGGUCCCAGCUCUCUUCAGGUCAUUGAACAGGUCCUGCCGUGUAGUUCUGGGCUGAUCCCUCACCUUCCUCAUGAUCAUUGAUGCCCCAUGAGGUGAGAUCUUGCAUGGAGCCCCAGACCGAGGGUGAUUGACCGUCAUCUUGAACUUCUUCCAUUUUCUAAUAAUUGCGCCAACAGUUGUUGCCUUCUCACCAAACUGCUUGCCUAUUGUCCUGUAGCCCAUCCCAGCCUUGUGCAGGUCUACAAUUUUAUCCCUGAUGUCCUUACACAGCUCUCUGGUCUUGGCCAUUGUGGAGAGGUUGGAGUGUGUGGACAGGUGUCUUUUAUACAGGUAACGAGUUCAAACAGGUGCAGUUAAUACAGGUAAUGAGUGGAGAACAGGAGGGCUUCUUAAAGAAAAACUAACAGGUCUGUGAGAGCCAUAAUUCUUACUGGUUGGUAGGUGAUCAAAUACUUAUGUCAUGCAAUAAAAUGCAAAUUAAUUACUUAAAAAUCAUACAAUGUGAUUUUCUGGAUUUUUGUUUUAGAUUCCGUCUCUCACAGUUGAAGUGUACCUAUGAUAAAAAUUACAGACCUCUACAUGCUUUGUAAGUAGGAAAACCUGCAAAAUCGGCAGUGUAUCAAAUACUGGUUCUCCCCACUGUAUCUAAUCAAGAUACACAAUGUAUGCCAAAAUAUGUAGACACCCCUUCAAAUUAGUGGAUUCGGCUAAUUCAGCCACAUUGGCAGUAGAAUGGCCUAACUGAAGAGCUCAGUGACUUUCAACGUGGCAAUGUCAUAGGAUGCCACCUUUCCAACAAGUCAGUUCGUAAAAUGUCUACUCUGCUAGAUCUGCCCCGGUCAACUGUAAGUGCUGUUAUUGUGAAGUGGAAACGUCUAGGAGCAACAACGGCUCAGCCGCGAAGUGGUAGGUCACACAAGCUCACAGAACUGGACCGCCGAGUGCUGAAGCUCGUAAAAAUGUCCACGGUUGCAACAAUCAUUACUGAGUUCCAACUGCCUCUGGAAGCAACAUCCGCACAAGAACUGUUCAUCGAGAGCUUCAUGAAAUAGGUUUCCAUGGCCGAGCAGCCUCACACAAGCCAAGAUCACCAUGCACAAUGCCAAGCGUCGGCUGGAGUGGUGUAAAGCUCGCCGCCAUUGGACUCUGGAUUGAUGAAUCACGCUUGACAAUCUGGCAGUCCGACUGACAAAUCUGGGUUUGGGGGAUGCCAGGAGAACGCUACCUGCCCCAAUACAUAGUGCCAACUGUAAAGUUUGGUGGAGGAUGAAUAAUGGUCUGGGGCUGUUUAUCAUGGUUCAGGCUAGGCCCCUUAGUUCCAGUGAAGAGAAAUCGUAACGCUACAUCAUACAAUGACAUUCUAGACGAUUCUGUGCUUCCAACUUUGUGGCAACAGUUUGGGCAAGGCCCUUUCCUGUUUCAACGUGACAAUGCCCCCGUGCGCAAAGCAAGGUCCAUACAGAAAUGGUUUGUCGAGAUCGGUGUGGAAGAUCCUGACUGGCCUGCACCGAGCCCUGACCUCAGCCCCAUCGAACACCUUGGAUUAAUUGUAACGCCGACUGCGAGCCAGGCCUAAUCGCCCAACGUCAGUGCCUGACCUCACUAAUGCUCUUGUGGCUGAAUGGAAGCAAGUCCCCGCAGCAAUGUUCCAACAUCUAGAGGAAAGCCUUCCCAGAAGAGUGGAGGCUGUAUUGGCAGCAAAGGGGGGACCAACUCCAUAUUAAUGCCCAGGAUUUUUCAAAUGAGAUGUUCGACGAGCAGGUGUCCGCAUACUUUUGGUCAUGUAGUUUAUAGUAGUAUUUUCUUUUUAAUUAUGUUUUUUUUUUUAUUUUACAAAUGUUCGAAUUUUUUUCUCACUUUGACAUUACAGAAUAGUUUGUGUAGAUGGUUGACAAAAAAGGACAAUUAAAUACAUUUUAAUCCCACUUUGUAACACAACAAAAUUUGGAAAAAGUCAAGGGUGUGAAUAUUUUCUGAAGGCACUGUAUGUUGUAAAGACUGACUAAACCACUACUUGUAGAUUCUGUCUGGCCCCAGUGAUAAGUAUGCGUGUAGCCACAGCAGCCGUUAUGGAAUGGCACGACACGUUGAUCAACAAAGAGAACUGAUUGGCUGACACUGCCAUUCCAAAAUGGCUGCUGUGGCUUCUGCUAGCUAUCAUGAGGACGAAAACGUCAGUUUACUUAAAAACUAGCAGUCGUUCAAUUUUCUCGGUGUAACAGUUGGGAUAAUGGGACAAUUCGGAGUACAACGCAUUUCUCAUCCCUGUAUUGAGGUACGUUUUCCAAGCCAUAUCUUGCGCCGGCUCCGCUGCGUCUUAAUCUACACAGGAAGGCUGUCUGACCCUAGUGCAGCUGUAAGCAAACGGGUCGGAUCUGCUGGCUACAUCUUAUCCUCAGUUUGCCCUACAAUAUCAUUGCAUAGCCUCAAGUGAACUUGUUAUCAUUCAAUGGCCCACUGACACUUAUCAUCAUCUCUGCAUGCCCCCCUCCUCCUGAUCCUUGUCUUCAGGUUGCUGGGGUUGUGCAAUAACUUUGCGUACGUGGUGAUGCUGAGUGCGGCCCAUGACAUCUUAAAACAACAAGGGUCUCACAACUCCACAUCACCUGUAAGAAUGUAUUGUAGAAUGCAGUAUCACCAUAACAUUUGUAGCUAUUGUUAGUGUCAAAGUACUAUAUUGGCAAUAUUCUUUCAUUCUUUCUCUCUCCAUUUCCUCCUUUUUCAGACCCCAGCCACAGUUGCCUUGCACGUUGAAGGUGGAAACGGUGGAAACAGAAGUAGCUACGACUGCAACCCUGUUUCUACCGCGGUGAAUAGAGAUGCACUGCAACUGUGAAAGUGUGUGUGUGUGAUCCUGCCUGGUUAACCUGUGUGUGUCAGUGUGUGACCUUUCUGUCCCCCUCUCCAAGGCUGUGUUGUUGGCUGAUAUCCUUCCCACUCUCCUCAUCAAGCUCUCUGCUCCAUUCUUCAUCCACAAACUCCCUUAUGGGUAAGAGAAGGGCAGAUAGUGCUUUCCCAGUUGUCUUUGAAUAAGACUCAGUGAUUCUUAAAAAAAAAGUAAAUUAACAUUGGAAUAAAAAGUUGUCAAUGGUCGAAUCUUAGCUUUUGCUAAUCAUAACAUAAUACAGGAACAAUAUUAUCUUAUAUUACCAGUUUGCUUGAGUUUGCAAAGGUUUGACAAUUUGAGCGCACAUUUUGCAAAGGUUGUGUUUUUGUCCACAGUUUCCGAGUGUUGGUAUGCGUUGCAACAGCGAUUGCAAGCUUCCUUGUGGUGUCCUUCUCUUCUACCGUGUGGAUGAGCACAUUGGGUAAUAUGUGUGUGUGUGUGUGUGUAGGCCUAUGUUUGUACAUGGGGAUGGCAACAUUUGAAAAAUGAUAAGAUCAUUGAUCACUAUUUUAGUUCCUAGAACAUUGCAGCUCUGACAUUUCCCCUGAAACCAGACACUAUCUCACUGAUAUAGUAACCAUGGGGACACAUCUAUCAGCCAGUCAGCAGUUCUGUUAAUGUAUGUGUAUAUUAAAGGGUAAAUCCGGGAUUCGAAAAACAACAAAGCAGCCACCUCGCCACUUGUUUUGGUACACAGCUGAGGAAUGGGGCUGGAGAAAUGUAAACACUCAAAUUCAUAGACAGAUGUGAAUCCAUGAGAUCAAAAAUUAUACAGUGCCUUCAGAAUGUAUUCAUACCCCUUGGCUUUUUCCACAUUUUGUUGUGUUACAGCCUGAAUUCAAAAUUGAUUAAUUCAAUUUUUUCUCUCACCCAUCUCCACACAAUACCCCAUAAUGACAAAAUUAAAUACAGAAAUAUGACAUUUACAUAAGUAUUCACACCGCUGAGCCAAUAUUUGUAAAAUAUUUUUUUUAGGGGUAGAUAAGCUUUAAUAUUGCAGAUAUAUUGUGGCUUCCAUCAAUGUAAUUGUCUGCAUCAUUUCCAAUCCCCAGUAUAUAUAUUUUUUGUAAAUAUAUAUAUAUAUAUAUACAGUGGGGGGAAAAAAGUAUUUAGUCAGCCACCAAUUGUGCAAGUUCUCCCACUUAAAAAGAUGAGAGAGGCCUGUAAUUUUCAUCAUAGGUACACGUCAACUAUGACAGACAGAAUGAGGAAAAAAUUCCAGAAAGUCACAUUGUAGGAUUUUUUAUGAAUUUAUUAGCAAAUUAUGGUGGAAAAUAAGUAUUUGGUCAAUAACAAAAGUUUCUCAAUACUUUGUUAUAUACCGUUUGUUGGCAAUGACACAGGUCAAACGUUUUCUGUAUGUCUUCACAAGGUUUUCACACACUAUUGGUGGUAUUUUGGCCCAUUCCUCCAUGCAGAUCUCCUCUAGAGCAGUGAUGUUUUGGGGCUGUCGCUGGGCAACACGGACUUUCAACUCCCUCCAAAGAUUUUCUAUGGGGUUGAGAUCUGGAGACUGGCUAGGCCACUCCAGGACCUUGAAAUGCUUCUUACGAAGCCACUCCUUCGUUGCCCAGGCGGUGUGUUUGGGAUCAUUGUCAUGCUGAAAGACCCAGCCACGUUUCAUCUUCAAUGCCCUUGCUGAUGGAAGGAGGUUUUCACUCAAAAUCUCACGAUACAUGGCCCCAUUCAUUCUUUCCUUUACACGGAUCAGUCGUCCUGGUCCCUUUGCAGAAAAACAGCCCCAAAGCAUGAUAUUUCCACCCCCAUGCUUCACAGUAGGUAUGGUGUUCUUUGGAUGCAACUCAGCAUUCUUUGUCCUCCAAACACGACGAGUUGAGUUUUUACCAAAAAGUUCUAUUUUGUUUCAUCUGACCAUAUGACAUUCUCCCAAUCCUCUUCUGGAUCAUCCAAAUGCACUCUAGCAAACUUCAGACGGGCCUGGACAUGUACUGGCUUAAGCAGGGGGACACGUCUCGCACUGCAGGAUUUGAGUCCCUGGCGGCGUAGUGUGUUACUGAUGGUAGGCUUUGUUACUUUGGUCCCAGCUCUCUGCAGGUCAUUCACUAGGUCCCCCCGUGUGGUUCUGGGAUUUUUGCUCACCGUUCUUGUGAUCAUUUUGACCCCACGGGGUGAGAUCUUGCGUGGAGCCCCAGAUCGAGGGAGAUUAUCAGUGGUCUUGUAUGUCUUCCAUUUCCUAAUAAUUGCUCCCACAGUUGAUUUCUUCAAACCAAGCUGCUUACCUAUUGCAGAUUCAGUCUUCCCAGCCUGGUGCAGGUCUACAAUUUUGUUUCUGGUGUCCUUUGACAGCUCUUUGGUCUUGGCCAUAGUGGAGUUUGGAGUGUGAUGUUUGAGGUUGUGGACAGGUGUCUUUUAUACUGAUAACAAGUUCAAACAGGUGCCAUUAAUACAGGGAACGAGUGGAGGACCGAGGAGCCUCUUAAAGAAGAAGUUACAGGUCUGUGAGAUCCAGAAUUCUUGCUUGUUUUUAGGUGACCAAAUACUUAUUUUUCCACCAUAAUUUGCAAAUAAAUUCAUAAAAAAAUCCUACAAUGUGAUUUUCUGGAUUUUUUUUUCUCAAUUUGUAUGUCAUAGUUGAUGUGUACCUAUGAUGAAAAUUACAGGCCUCUCUCAUCUUUUUAAGUGGGAGAACUUGCACAAUUGGUGGCUGACUAAAUACUUUUUUCCCCCACUGUAUAUAAGAAUUCUUAAAAAAAAAAAAUGUUCCUUUAUUGUUUUCCCCUAACCCUACCACCUCUCCCCUAAUUGGAGUAAACUAAUGGACAACAACACUUAGUCUUCUACUUCCAGCUUAUAUUGUACAUAUUAUAUACAUUUUACGUACACAGUAUAUUUUACAAUAGUUAUCUUUUGUUUGUUUUUAGUCCCAUCCUUCAACUACCCUCAACCCCUCCCAUUUAUCUUUGAACACCAUCCAGUUUUGAUUUCUAUUUGCCAUAUACUUUUCAACUGCGCUGUGGUGUUUCCCAAAAGUUCUGAACCUUUCCAUUCUCAUAGUUCCUAAAGAUUGUAAAUUAAAGAUAAACAUUUUUGCUAAGAGUAUUAUUAUAUUAUUGAUUGAUUGACUAUGACUUUUCAAAUCACCCAGCAGUGCUAUUUGCGGAGUUAGCUUCAGGUAAAUGUUGCAAUUCUUCAGCCAUUCCUGAACCUACGACCAAAAGCAAGCUACAUAUGGACAGUACCAAAACAAAAAAUCUAAUGAUUCUGUCUCGUUGCAGCAAAAUCUGUAGAGAUGGGAUGGUUGCAUCAUCCCCCAUAUAUAUAACAUUCUUUGGUUACUACAUGAUUCCAUAUGUGUUAUUUCAUAGUUUUGAUGUCUUCACUAUUAUUCUACAAUGUCGAAAAUAGUAAAAAUAAAGAAAAACCCUUGAAUGAGUAGAUGUGUCCAAACUUUUUACUGGUACUGUAUAUUUGCAAGAAUUUCAAAAAAACUGUUUUUGCUUUGUCAUUAUGGGGUAUUGUGUGUAGAUUGAUGAGGGGAAAAAACAAUUAGAUCAAUUUUAGAAUAAGGCUGUAACAAAAUGUGGAAAAAGUUAAGGGGUCUGAAUACUUUCCGAAUGCACUGUAUAUCGUUUUGAAAAGAAUGUACCAAUCCCAGAUAGACCCUUUAAACUCACAAGAAAGUAAAGUCGGGACUUACAGUGCCUUCAGAAAGUAUUCACAUCCCUUGACUUUUUCCAUUUUGUUGUGUUGCAGCCUGAAUUUAAAAUGGAUGAAAUUGAGAUUUUUUGUCACUGGCCUACAAACAAUACACCAUAAUGUCAAAGUGGAAUUAUGUUUUUUGAAAGUCUUAUAAAUUAAUAACAAAUUUAAAUCAGAAAUGUCUUGAGUCAAUAAGUAUUUAACCCCAUUGUUAUGGCAAGCCUAAUUAAGUUCAGGAGUAAACAUUUGCUUAACAAGUCACAUAAUAAGUGCAAUAAUAGUAUUUAACAUGAUGUUUUAAUGACUACCUCAUCUCUGUACCCCGCACGUACAGAUAAUUGUACGAUCCCUCAGUCAAGCAGUGCAUUUCAAACACUGAUUCAAACACAAAGACCUGGGAGGUUUUCCAAUGCCUCGCGAAGAAGAGCACCUAUCGGUAGAUGAGUAAAAAUAAAUAAAAGCAGACAUUGAAUAUUCCUUUGAGCAUGGUGAAGUUAUUCAUUACACUUCGGAUGGUGUAUCAAUACACCCAGUCACUACAAAGAUACAGGCAACCUUCCUAACUCAGUUGCUGGAGAAUAAGGAAACCACUCAGGGAUUUCACCAUGAGGCCAAUGGUGACUUUAAAACAGAGUUUGAUGGCUGUGUGAAAAUUGAGGAUGGAUCAACAACAUUGUAGUUACUCCACAAUACUAACCUAAUUGACAGAGUGAAAAUAAGGAAGCCUGUACAGAAUACAAAUAUUCCAAAACAUGCAUCCAGUUUACAACAAGGCACUAAAGUAAUACUGCAAAAAAAUUGGCUAAGCAAUUACAUGUUUGUCCUAAAUACAAAGUAUUAUGUUUGGGGCAAAUCCAAUACAACACAUUACGGAGUACCUCUUUCCAUAUUUUAUAGUGGUGGCUGCAUCAUGCUUUGGGUAUGCUUGUAAUCGUUAAGGACUGGGGAGUUCUUUAGGAUAAAAAAUAAACUGAAUGGAGCUGAGCACAGGCAAAAUCCUAGAGGAAAAUGAAAUUAUGUAUUUCAUUUUCAAUAAAUUAGCAAACAUUUCUAAAAACAUGUUUUCAGUUUGUAAUUAUUGUGUAUUGUGUGUAAAUGGGUGAGAUAAAAAAAAUCAAUUUAAUCCAUUUUGAAUUCAGGCUGUAACACAACAAAAGGUGGCAUUAUUCAAGGGGUAUGAAUACUUUUUACAUCUACGUCAUUUAGCAGACGCUCUUAUCCAGAGCGACUUACAAAUUGGUGCAUUCACCUUAUGAUAGCCAGUGGGACAACCACUUUACAAUUAUUUAUUUUUUUAUUUUUUUGGGGGGGUGGGGUAAGGGGGGGUAGAAGGAUUACUUUAUCCUAUCCCAUGUAUUCCUUAAAGAGGUUUCAUAAGGCACCGUAUUACAAUUGUUUCACCCUUACUGUAAAUGCUGUGUGAAGGUAUUUUAACCAUUCAUUUAUGAAGCUCUAUUAUUAUGUGCAUUUAUAUUAGAGUACAUAUUUGCAUCCAUAUUAAAGUACUGUGUAUCUGUCUAGGUGUGAUCUUUGCCAGUGUGAGCUCAGGACUGGGAGAGCUCUCCUUCCUCUCUCUCACUGUCUUCUUUAGCAGGUAGACUAUCUCUGUUUACUUUGCAGGUCAGAUUUACUAACAGUUCAGUAAGUUGUUUACUUUGCAUCUCGUUUUGAACAUGAAAGGUAUUCUCACUCAACCCCCUCUCAUAGUUUUUUUCCCCAUGUCUCUCUUUCUAUCUCAGAGAUGUGUUGGGGGGCUGGGGCUCGGGCACCGGUGGAGCAGGUGUGGCUGGGGCUCUGCUGUACUCUGCUCUCACGCAGUCUGGCCUCUCGCCCAGGGAUACGCUGCUCAUCAUGCUGGUCGUCCCCGUUGCCAUGGUGAUCAGGUCAGUCCCAGGGGUGAAAGUAAGGUGGUCUGGUACAGAGUCCAUGCAAAAAAUAAAUAGUGUGGGUACGCUGUACUGGUAUGAGCCUAUCACAAUAAUUAAAGCAAAAUGUAAGUUAGUCUGUAGGCUGUUACACCACUAUUUAUCAUUACCGCAAGUUAGAGGCAUGAAAAAUGAGCAAAUGGACUUGAAAAUGGGUGGUAUAGCCUACGCUCCAAACUGAUGUAGUUCCACGAGAACACUGACAUUUUGCCAAGGCAAAGAUGAGUGGCCGAGACGCUCGCGGACACAGUGGGUGCAUAAAGUCUGGCCGAAUGACAAUCGCCAAAUGUCAUCACACUUUUUGGUGUUUUGUGUAACCGAUGUCUCUUUCCAUUCACCUCUGUUUGGAGGCUGGAAAUAUUUUGUGAGUGGAUGAACGUGCCUGGGUAGCCUAGUAAAGGCUUUGAAGUGAUUGUUUGACAAGCGCAUGCACACACAGGAGGUCCCAUACCGGGAAGAAAUUAAUUCUAUAUUGAAAAAAUAUAUAAACGCAACAUGUGUUGGUCUCAUGUUUCAUGAGCUGAAAUAAAAGAUCCCAGAAAUGUACCAUAUGCACAAAAAGCUUAUUUCUCUCAAAUGUUGUGCACAAAUUUGUUCACAUCCCUGUUCGUGAGCAUUUCUCAUUUGCCAAGAUAAUCCAUACACCUGGCAGGUGUCGCAUAUGAAGAAGCUGAUUAAACAGCAUGAUCAUUACACAGGUGCACCUUGUGCUGGGGACUAUAAAAGGCCACUCUAAAAUGUGCAGUUUUGUCACACAACGCCACAGAUGUCUCAAGAUUUGAGGGAGCAUGCAAUUGGUAUGCUGACUGCAGGAAUGUCCAACAGAGCUGUUGCCAGAGAAUUGAAUGUUCAUUUCUCUACCAUAAGCCACCUCCAACGUUGAUUUUGAGAAUUUGGCAGUACGUCCAACCAGCCUCACAACCGCCGACCACGUGUAACCAUGCCAUUCCAGGACGUCCACAUCCGGCUUCUUCACCUGCGGGAUCGUCUGAGACCAGCCACCCGGACAGCUGAUGAAACUCAGGAGUAUUUCUGUCUGUUAUAAAGCCCUUUUGUGGGGAAAAACACAUUGGGUGGGCCUGGCUCCCAAGUGGGUGGGCCUAUGUCCUCCCAGGCCCACCUAUGGCUGCGCCCCUGCCCAGUCAUGUGAAAUCCAUAGAUUAGUGCCUAAUUUCCUUAUAUGAACUGUAACUCAGUAAAAUCGUUGAAAUGGUUGCAUGUUGCGUUUAUUUUUGUUCUGUAUACUUUCACCCCUGGUCAGUCCCAUAAACGAUGUUGAUGUGAUGUAAAGUUAACAAUGUGUCGUUGUUAGGUGAUAGUGGGAAAGGAUCAGUCUCUUCUUUUCUGUCUGUUUCUCUGACCCCUUCACCCCCUUUUUGUGUCUCUCUUUCUUUCUCCCGCUUUCCCAUUCUUUCACCUCAGCUAUUUUUUCCUGCUAGUUUUCCCCCCAUCCUUCCCACAGUGGAAAUGCAGGGAGGCGGAGUCUGUGAGGGGCGGUGACUCACAGAGCAGGCGGCCCCUAUUGGAUGGCUCUGAUGAAGAGGAGGAGGAGCGGGAGAAAGGUGCUGAAGGUGUGUUUAUCGUGUCAACAUGUGGUAAGGUAAAGAAUUUUGAGGAAAGUGAUAUGUGGUAAUAUGGACGUUUGACACAAGAUUUUUAAGUAGUGAAAUAUUGCAUUGUAAUUGUUAAAGAUUUUGUAGGACAUUGAUUAACCAAACAGCCCAUGUUCUCUUCCUUCUGAAUAUAACAGAAGACAAGGUCACUGGACCACUGACACUUAUUGAGAAGCUACACGUCAUUAAAGUGAGUUUGUGAAGUCUUUAAAGUCAUAGGCUUUUAGAAAAGUUGGUCUGUACCAUUUUCAGAGUAAAAAGUUAUACUCUCUCAGUUGGCCCAGGCCAGGGUAAACCAGGCCAAAAUCUCAUAAAUAUCCUUAUUUCCCAGUCAUGAUUUUCGAUACACACUCAAAUCCCCUAAGCGAAAUAUACAGAACAGCUUUACUUUAAUUUCAUUUUACAUAUGCAAAGUAAUGAGGCUAACCCUGGCCUAGUAAGUUUUACUCAGUCUUGAUGUGCACCAGUACAAUAUGUAUUAUUGCCAAUCUGCUAAUAUUAAUUCUCCCUCCUCCCCUCAGGGUCUGCUGAGGUUCGUGGUUCCGUUAGGAGUGGUCUACUUCGCGGAGUACUUCAUCAACCAGGGCCUGGUGAGUGGGCGUCUGUCGCCCCCUGGCAGCUGAUAGUGUCACUGCAACUAGUUGAUAUUCUCACCAUCACUUCCAUUCUCAUUGUAUAGUAUGGAUGGCCCCCAACUUGUAUGGAUGACCCCCUACUUCUUGUUGUAGUAGAACUCAUUUCCUAAUUGUUCAACUUCCUUUGCAGUUGGAACUCCUGUAUUUCCCAAAGUUCAAUCUCUCCCAUGCAGAGCAGUAUCGCUGGUCAGUAACAUUCAGAAUACUUAAAUAGUGCCAUAUAAAGAUCGAUAUUUCUCAUUAGGAAUGGUAUGAUUAAGUGGUGUAAAGCUAUUAACUCACAAUCUUCCCAUCUGUAUGUAUUCAGGUACCAGACACUGUACCAGGUAGGGGUGUUGGUCUCGCGAUCCUCUCUCUGCUGUGUGAAGAUCAGUAGAAUCUGGGCUCUCUCUCUGCUGCAGGUGAGUGAACAAUGGAUGAGAUAUAUCAGCUGGUCCCAAUUCACUCCCUACCCUUUGAUGUUUGUGGAACCGAAGGGUUUGGAGGAUGGAUAUAAUCAUGGUAGUGGUGGAUAGGGCUGUGGCGGUCAUGAAAUGUUGUUAGCCGGUAACUGUCAUGCAAAUAACUGCAGGUCUCAUGGUAAUAGACAUUUUAAAUAACAUAAAAACGUUUAGCAUCUCCUGUCUUCCACACAUAGCAUACAAGCCACUGAUGCGGACCUUUUGGAACAUCUACAUUUAAAAAGUCUAAUAAAUCCAUUUAAUAUAGCCUACACCACCAUCACAAUAAAUUCAUUCUUUAUUUUAGACCGGUCUAAAGAAAUAUUAUGAUAUGAAGAAAAUGUAGCCUAUACCGAAGAACAGAAUAGCAUAUUCUGAGUCAUCCUUAUGUUAGGCCCUGAUCUGGCUAUUCCAUAUGGCUGUGGGCUACACUAAUUCAUUUAGUAGACAAGAUUUUCUUAGAAUUCCAUGGCGUUAUUUUAUAUUAUUUUAUAGUGAGAAGAAUAUAAUUGAAAAUAGCUGGAUAAAAUAGAAAGGAUAUUUCGAUUUCCGAGGGAGUGCGCACAUACGGCUAUUCUGUGUUGAUUGGUUAACAAAGUGAUAAUUUGAAACAGGUCCUCCUACAGUAAGGGAAAAAAGUAUUUGAUCCCCUGCUGAUUUUGUACGUUUGCCCACUGACAAAGACAUGAUCAGUCUAUAAUUUUAAUGGUAGGUUUAUUUGAACAGUGAGAGACAGAAUAACAACAAAAGAAACCAGAAAAACGCAUGUCAAAAAUGUUAUAAAUUGAUUUGCAUUUUAAUGAGGGAAAUACGUAUUUGACCCCUCUGCAAAACAUGUCUUAGUACUUGGUGGCAAAACCCUUGUUGGCAAUCACAGAGGUCAGACGUUUCUUGUAGUUGGCCACCAGGUUUGCACACAUCUCAGGAGGGAUUUUGUUCCACUCCUCUUUGCAGAUCUUCUCCAAGUCAUUAAGGUUUCGAGGCUGACGUUUGGCAACUCGAACCUUCAGCUCCCUCCACAGAUUUUCUAUGGGAUUAAGGUCUGGAGACUGGCUAGGCCACUCCAGGACCUUAAUGUGCUUCUUCUUGAGCCCCUCCUUUGUUGCCUUGGCCAUGUGUUUUGGGACAUUGUCAUGCUGGAAUACAUUUACAUUUACGUCAUUUAGCAGACGCUCUUAUCCAGAGCGACUUACAAAUUGGUGCAUUCACCUUAUAGCCAGUGGGAUAACCACUUUACAAUAUGUUAUUUAUUUUUAUUUUUGGGGGGUGGGUUGGGUAAGGGGGGGUAGGAGGAUUACUUUAUCCUAUCCCAGGUAUUCCUUAAAGAGGUGGGGUUUCAAGUGUCUCCGGAAGGUGUUGAGUGACUCCGCUGUCCUGGUGUCGUGAGGGAGCUUGUUCCACCAUUGGGGUGCCAGAGCAGCGAACAGUUUUGACUGGGCUGAGCGGGAACUGUGCUUCCGCAGAGGUAGGGGGGCCAGCAGGCCAGAGGUGGAUGAACGCAAUGCCCUCGUUUGGGUGUAGGGACUGAUCAGAGCCUGAAGGUACGGAGGUGCCGUUCCCCUCACAGCUCUGUAGGCAAGCACCAUGGUCUUGUAGCAGAUGCGAGCUUCAACUGGAAGCCAGUGGAGUGUGCGGAGGAGCGGGGUGACGUGAGAGAACUUGGGAAGGUUGAACACCAGACGGGCUGCGCCAUUCUGGAUGAGUUGUAGGGGUUUAAUGGCACAGGCAGGGAGCCCAGCCAACAGCGAGUUGCAGUAAUCCAGACGGGAGAUGACAAGUGCCUGGAUUAGGACCUGUGCCGCUUCCUGUGGAAGGCAGGGUCGUACUCUCCGAAUGUUGUAGAUUGUAGAGCAUGAACCUACAGGAUCGGGUCAAUGCCUUGAUUUUAGUGGAGAACGACAGGGUGUUGUCCAGGGUCACGCCAAGGCUCUUCGCACUCUGGGAGGAGGACACAACGGAGUUGUCAACCGUGAUGGCGAGAUCAUGGAACGGGCAGUCCUUCCCGGGGAGGAAGAGCAGCUCCGUCUUGCCGAGGUUCAGCUUGAGGUGGUGAUCCGUCAUCCACACUGAUAUGUCUGCCAGACAUGCAGAGAUGCGAUUCGCCACCUGGUUAUCAGAAGGGGGAAAGGAGAAGAUUAGUUGUGUGUCGUCUGCGUAGCAAUAAUAGGAGAGGCCAUGUGAGGAUAUGACAGAGCCAAGUGACUUGGUGUAUAGCGAGAAUAGGAGAGGGCCUAGAACUGAGCCCUGGGGGACACCAGUGGUGAGAGCACGUGGUGCGGAGACAGAAUCUCGCCACGCCACUUGGUAGGAGCGACCGGUCAGGUAGGACGCAAUCCAAGAGUGAGCCGCGCCGGAGAUGCCCAGCUCGGAGAGGGUGGAGAGGAGGAUCUGAUGGUUCACAGUAUCAAAGGCAGCAGACAGGUCUAGAAGGACAAGAGCAGAGGAGAGUGAGUUAGCUUUAGCAGUGCAGAGAGCCUCCGUGACACAGAGAAGAGCAGUCUCAGUUGAAUGACCAGUCUUGAAACCUGACUGGUCUGGAUCAAGAAGGUCAUUCUGAGAGAGAUAGCAAGAGAGUUGGCUAAAGACGGCACUCUCUAGAGUUUUGGAGAGAAAAGAAAGAAGGGAUACUGUUCUGUAGUUGUUGACAUCAGAGGGAUCGAGUGUUGGUUUUUUGAGAAGGGGUGCAACUCUCGCUCUCUUGAAGACGGAAGGGACAUAGCCAGCGGUCAAGGAUGAGUUGAUGAGCGAGGUGAGGUAAGGGAGAAGGUCACCGGAGAUGGUCUGGAGAAGAGAGGAGGGAAUAGGGUCAAACGGGCAGGUUGUUGGGCGGCCGGCCGUCACAAGUCGCAAGAUUUUAUCUGGAGAGAGAGGGGAGAAAGAAGUCCAAGCAUAGGGUAGGGCAGUGUGAGCAGGACCAGCAGUGUCAGUGUCAAUACCCAUCCAUGACCCAUUUUCAAUGCCCUGGCUGAGGGAAGGAGGUUCUCACCCAAGAUUUGACGGUACAUGGCCCCGUCCAUCGUCCCUUUGAUGCGGUGAAGUUGUCCUGUCCCCUUAGCAGAAAAACACCCCCAAAGCAUAUUUCCACCUCCAUGUUUGACGGUGGGGAUGGUGUUCUUGGGGGUCAUAGGCAGCAUUCCUCCUCCUCCAAACACGGCGAGUUGAGUUGAUGCCAAAGAGCUCGAUUUUGGUCUCAUCUGACCACAACACUUUCACCCAGUUCUCCUCUGAAUCAUUCAGAUGUUUACUGGCAAACUUCAGACGGCCCUGUAUAUGUGCUUUCUUGAGCAGGGGGACCUUGCGGGCGCUGCAGGAUUUCAGUCCUUCACUGCGUAGUGUGUUAGCCAUUGUUUUCUUGGUGACUAUGGUCCCAGCUGCCUUGAGAUCAUUGACAAGAUCCUCCCGUGUAGUUCUGGGCUGAUUCCUCACCGUUCUCAUGAUCAUUGCAACUCCACGAGGUGAGAUCUUGCAUGGAGCCCCAGGCCAAGGGAGAUUGACAGUUCUUUUGUGUUUCUUCCAUUUGCGAAUAAUCGCACCAACUGUUGUCACCUUCUCACCAAGCUGCUUGGCGAUGGUCUUGUAGCCCAUUCCAGCCUUGUGUAGGUCUACAAUCUUGUCCCUGACAUCCUUGGAGAGCUCUUUGGUCUUGGCCAUGGUGGAGAGUUUGGAAUCUGAUUGAUUGAUUGCUUCUGUGGACAGGUGUCUUUUUAUACAGGUAACAAGCUGAGAUUAGGAGCACUCCCUUUAAGAGUGUGCUCCUAAUCUCAGCUCGUUACCUGUAUAAAAGACACCUGGGAGCCAGAAAUCUUUCUGAUUGAGAGGGGGUCAAAUACUUAUUUCCCUCAUUAAAAUCAAUUUUUAACAUUUUUGACAUGCGUUUUUCUGGAUUUUUGUUGUUGUUAUUCUGUCUCUCACUGUUCAAAUAAACCUACCAUUAAAAUUAUAGACUGAUCAUUUCUUUGUCAGUGGGCAAACGUACAAAAUCAGCAGGGGAUCAAAUACUUUUUUCCCUCACUGUAUACUUUCUGAAAGGACUGUAUAUCUUGGGCUUUAUUAAUUGUUUAUUUGUAUGUGUUUGGCUUUAGCUGAGAUUGUUCUUUACAGAGUCAAGUAUAUUUUGUCUAGGCCUCAAUUGUUCCUUGACUAGCACCAUUCAUUCUCGCUGUUGAUAAUUAUAAUGUUAUAACUUCUAAUAGUAAAUGUAUCCAGUGGCGAUUUGGGAGAGAGUGAGGGGAUUGCCAUCUAAGAUCCAACAUAUUUUUUGCGGCAGUGCAGCCUGCCAGCAGUAAUCGUCUCUGAUUGAUUGAGAGAUUCAAGGAGCUAUCAUCGUUAAGUAACAAAAUAGAUGCAAAGCCCUAGAAGCAUUUACAAGCAGGGCUCUCCCACAUCAUAUGGAGGAAUGUGCCUACCUGAUUUAGGGGACACAGUGAACAGUUGGGAGUUGGGGCCAAUUUCAUCGUAAAACGUUUCCUUGGUGUUAAAUACAGUCUGUCAACAGUCUUAAAAUGUAUAAAUUGGUGGUUCAGAUUACAGGAUGCCAAAGUCAUAUUUCUCCAUAUUCUGUUCCAGUUAAAGGGUUGUUCCAAAUCAAUUAGAUCUGUGGACCAUACAUUUUUUCAUGGCUAGCUCAGAAUAUGAGCUUUCCAAAAGUUGUUUCUAUAUUAUAGAGAUCAGUCCUUUCGGGAGCCCAGAUAAUGUAUUUAUAAAUUACGGCAUUGGAUGGUUCGGUAGUUGGGUUUCCCAAUUUAGGAUGGGACAAUACUAGUGCCUGGAAAUACAAUUUCAAGUCUGGUACGGAUAGUCCUCCUACGUCUUUCCCUCUUUGCAAGUUUAUUUUAUUUUAUCCGGGCUCGCUUACCCUGCCAUAUAUAUUUUGAAACCGCACUAUGGAUUUUAUCCCAAUAGCCAGAAGGGGAAGCAUUGGACUACAGAAAUUCAGCCGUGGCAAUAUAUUAAUUCUGACAAUAGAUAUUCUGCCGUUUAAAGCAACUGGGAUAUUAGUCAGUCUCAUUAAGUGUUUGAUUAGAUUUUUUGAAAGCAUUUACAUUGAUGUCAGAGUAAUUAGAGCGACAAUAGGGUGCUGAGUACCAGGUCAUUAGCGACUGGCCGUUAGCGACUGGCCGUUAGCAAGUUUGGUAGGCUACUAAUGACCAUCAGCAACAUCAGAGCACAGUUUUGGAGAAGCGUAGUUACCUUCACUCAACGGUCAUGUGGAAUUUGACUGCGGUCAUGACUGGUGAUUGCCGGUGUGGUGGUUCUACGGUCACAGUAACAACCCUAGUGGUGGAGCUCUCACUUUCUCUGAUAUUCAUCUCUCUCCACCUGGUUUUAUCUUUUCUUCCUCCUCUCUCUAUCUCCCCCACCAUCCCCACCACUACCUCUGUACCCUUAUUCAUAAAGCGUCUCAGUGUAGGCGUGCUGAUCUAGGAUCUGUCGGUGUCAUUUUUUUGUAUCCUAGAUCACUCCUACUCUAAGAUGCUUUAUGAAUCGGUCUGUCUCACCUCAGUGUGUGAACGCGGUGUUGCUCUGUCUCACCUCAGUGUGUGAACGCGGUGUUGCUCUGUCUCCCUCAGUGUGUGAACGCGGUGUUGCUGUUCUUGUCGGUGUACUACCAGUUACUGCCCAGUGCGUGGCUGGUGUUUGUGAUAGUCAUCUACGAGGGGCUGCUGGGAGGAGCUGCAUACGUCAACACAUUCUACUUCAUCAGCAAGGAGGUCAGUCACCAGUGUGUGUGUGUAUGUGUGUUUGUCAAUAUAUAACAUUAGCUAGAGGGUCAGCCAAUGGACAUGUUUGUGUGUGUGUUUGCAUGCCACUCCCCUGACCUUUCCCCUCUCUCCCUGCAGACUGGAGACAGACAGAGGGAGUUUGCCAUGGCGACAGCCAGUGUAGGAGACAGUCUGGGCAUCGCCAUCUCCGGCCUCAUAGCUUUCCCAGUCCACAGAUACUUCUGCUCACUGUGAGAGAUAGUAGAGCAAGAAAGACUGGUGGGAAGUGCAAAAUAGGUAGUAUUUCUCAUUGGACAUCUGAAGAAGAGUGGAUGGAAAUUGCUGAUAAUUAUUGUGUUAACUUUUCGGUUAAAUUAGACUCCUGGCAGAGGUCUGUUCAGACACAUAUCUUCCUGCACCUUAGCAACCUUGUUGGGCGUGUGGUAGAUUCCUCCAUUUACUUAGAAAUCAUAUUGUUAUGACUGGUACUUUCUGGUACAAGUUUCAUAUCACUUCAAAAUAGUUGAUAACUGUCACUAGCCAACUGUAACUGUAAAUAAAAAUCUGCAAUCACAAUGUUUUUUAAAUAUAUAUUUUACUACAUUCCAACAUCUAGUAUACUGCUGAAAUCUACAGCCACUAACUUUGUGUCUUUGCUGCUAUUGUUGGGUUGUUAAUUACUGUUAUAAAAUGGUGAAUGCUCUAACUUAACUCUACUAACAGUGUUUACAUGUGGUGGGCUUUUAUGAUCAAUGUUGUAUUUUAUUGUAACUUUUGAAAACGGACCUUAGAUUCUACAAGUGAUUAAAGAUUUGAUUUUGAUUCAAA